UUCACAGGAAUUGGAGAUGCCUUGUAAUUCGUAAUGACAUUUCGGGAUGUGGUAUUAGAGUUGCCAGUUCCGCCCCCAAUUCUGUGAGAAUUAAUCGACCACGUAAAAAAGAACUAGAUAAUUCCGAGCCCAAACCCCUGGAAUCCUGAGAAUUGAAUCCCUCCUCUUUCUCCGUCUCUCGGACGCUCGGCGGCGGCGGCGGCUCCAGUCCAGGUACCCUCCUUCCUCCCUCGUCUCCGGCAACGGGCAAACCGCUCACCAGCCACCCUCCAAACCAUGCCUACGGCUGCUGUCCUAACUGUACCCCGACCCUCCUCCACCACCGCCGUCCACCGCAGCCCACAGCCACUGUGCUUACCUCCGGUGGCCCCAGGAUGCGGAUCUACUUCGCCUUGCUCGAUGCUGGCUGCUUUGUCUCCGGUGUUGAAUUUCUCAGAAUGAUUGAGGUGCUCCUUUGCGCAGGGUAACUGGCGCACGCCACUAGGGACAAAUCAAGAAGCCAAACAGCAACACCGUGGAAGGUGCGAGUCAUCAGAUGGAUUCAAGCAACGGGAAGAGGAAACACAGGGGUUACCUUACUUGGACAGACAAAAUGGACCAGGCUCUCCUUGAUGUUCUUGUCGAGCAUCACAACAAUGGCAAUCAUACAGCGAAUGGAUGGAAGCCACAUGCAUACUCGGCGUUGUGAAAAAUGUGCGUGAGAAGUGCAAUGUGGAGAUCACAAGGGAUCACGUGCUGUCGAGAUGCAAGACCUUUGACAAGCAUUGCAGUACCAUCAGCAAGUUGCUCGCCCGUUCUGAGUUUGGAUGGGAUCGAAACAAGAAAAUGAUCGUGAUUCACGAUGAGGAUGCUUGGAAAACGUACAUUCAGAAAAACAAAGCAGCUGCGUGCUACAAAAACAAAGUUAUCAAGAAUUGGGAUGCGAUAAGUCUAAUAUUCUCCAGAGAUUAUGCUACAAGCGAAGAUGAGAGUGCAGGCGCUGAGAAUGCCCAAGAAAUGGCAUUGAAGGGUGCUGAAGAUGUCCGGGAGCUUAUUCAAAAUUCACCUUCAGCAUCUGAACCUAGCAGUCAAGACCAGGGUGGAACGCCGACAUCAAUGCAACCCACUCUACAGAGCACGAGGAGGAAGAGGUUCAGAACAGAUGAUGCACUCUUUUGCAUGUCUGGGAAUAUCAAGAAUUCAUUUCGGAUAUCUACGAAGCCAAAUGAACCUCGAGAGGAACCAGCGAAUGCAUCUCCGAAGGAAAUCUUUGCGGCACUUCAAGAGAUACCAAACUUAGGACGGGGUGAUCUGCUGAGGGCCUACUGUAUUCUCACUAGCAGCGACCGCAAGUUUGAAUCCCUUGUGGCACUUCCCAUGGAUAUGAGGAAGGAUUGGUUGAUGUUGGAAAUUGGCAGGAAUUGAAGCUUAGUAGUUAUGGCAGAUUUAUCAGUAGUCUUGUAGUAUUAAACUAGCUUUGUCCAAGAUAUUUGCUACUGCAAUGCCUGAUGUUUAACUGUCCUACUUCUAUCUAUGCAAGUACUGAAGUCGCGUGUUUUGGAUUCUGCCAA